GCUAUGGGAAAUGCUGUGCAUUUUGUGGUCGUUUUGCAGGCAGCAAAGCUGAAAGCGUCUGAUUAUAGGGCUGGUUCUGAGGACUAUAAUGCCGCUGCAGACAGCAAUCAAUUGCAGGAGGAGGAGGUGGGAAUGGCGAAGACGUAUCCGAAUCCGAAACCGAGACCCGCAGUGCAAGUAAAAGUGACAAAUGAAGUGGAAAGUGCACUCAGAAUGGGAACAAUGACGAUGAUGCGGAUGAGAAAUCGGGGCGGUGAGCGGCGGGGGCAGCAGACGAACUACUUUGACACACAAAUGCCACUGCUGUCGUCUGGCCUAAUGAGUCCCGGCUUGCUGCCAAUAUUGAAUGAGCACGAGAAGGAGGAGCAGCAGCAGCAGAAGGGCCAUAACUUGGGGCCCAGUUCGGUUGAACAGCAAUUACUCCGCCUGCAGCCGGACUACAAAUUGCUGUACAAUGCCGAGCACCACACCUAUUUCCACCUGCACACCCGGCGCAUCCCGGAGGACAUCGACAUGGCAGGACCGCGACCAUCGAAAUCCGAGGAACCACCGCAUCGCCGGCUAUUCCAGCAGGUCGUGGGCAACACACUGACCGCCGCCUUUGGCCUAAACGCGAUGAACAAGGGGCAGGUGGAAAUGGGGGAGGGGCAGGCGGAGGUCACCAGCGAACAGGUGAAUCUCUACGAUGCCGCCUCGCUGCGUCGGUCGCGCUUCAGUCCCUUCAAUCCCACGCGAAUCCUCAUUCAUGGAUGGCUGGGCAAUGCCAAUGCCAAUAUGUACAGUGCCCUGCUCCCGGCCUAUUUGGAUCUUAGGAAUGGCAACUACAACAUCUUCACCGUCGACUGGGGACGCGGCGCCAUAGCCGACUAUAUAACGGCCAGCUAUCGGGUGAAGCCGGUGGGCAAGGUUCUGGCCAAGUUCGUGGACUUUCUGCACCAGGAGGCGGGACUGCGCUUCGAGGAUCUGCAGCUGGUGGGCUUCAGCAUGGGAGCCCAUGUGGCGGGGCUGGCGGGGAAGCAUCUGCGGACCGGUCGCCUCCGGAUGAUCCGGGCUUUGGAUCCAGCUCUGCCCUUCUUUCGCUACGCCAAGGAAAAAGAGCGUCUGACCGCCGAGGAUGCCGACUAUGUGGAGGUAUUGCACACCAGCGUGGGCAGCUACGGAUUCGAUCGACCUCUGGGUCAUGCGGACUUCUAUGCCAAUUGGGGCAGCCAGCAGCCUGGCUGUUUUUGGCAUGAAUGCAGCCAUUGGAGGGCUUUUAUGCUGUUUGCCGAAAGUCUCUCAGGGGAUCGGAGUAAUUCGGAAGGCGGUUUCUUAGCACAGGGCUGUCCGGCCGGUGAAUGGCAGCAGUUGACCCGAUUCCAUCGCUGCCCAAAGGAUACGGGAAUUAUACCACAGACCAUGGGCGGUGAUUUGGCCAAAGCUAGUGCGGAUUUCCUGGCCCAAAGACAGGGUGUCUAUUAUUUCCUGACAAACGACCAGCCACCCUAUGCUUUAGCACAAAAUGCCAGCCGUAUAAAUAAAGAGCGAAAUGGCUGAGAGAACGUAAUGAGCAAAAUGCAAGUGCAGUUCGCGUUUUUAUUUCUAAUUAGUAAGUGCAUGUGUACUACACACACGUGUCGGUUUGUUUGUUUGUGUUGUCCCAUUUCUAAAAGCCGGCUGGCAAAAUUAAAAAAUGCUGCCAUGUGUAAAA